AUGGCCGGACGCAAGGUUAGCGUCAUGGCGGCGCUCGUGCUGCUGGCGCUUUCCUCCGUCGCGUCGGCGAGGACGGUGCCCACUGGGCCGAAUCCUGAGCCCUCGCCUUCACGGCCGUCGACGGCCUUCUCCGUGCUGAGGAGGGUGCCCACUGGGCCGAACCCAGAGCCCUCACCGUCACCGCCUUCCGCCGUCUUCCACGAGCUGAGGAAGGUGCCCACGGGGCCGAAUCCCGAGCCAUCGCCAUCGCCUCCGUCGGCCGUCUUCCAGGAGCUGAGGAAGGUGCCUACUGGGCCGAACCCUGAGCCCUCUCCAUCGCCUUCGUCCGUCUUCUCCGAGCUGAGGAAGGUUCCCACGGGCCCCAACCCCGAGACAUCGCCGCCAUCACCGUCGCCGCCGGCCUUCUCCGAGCUGAGGAAGGUCCCCACGGGCCCGAACCCCGAGACAUCGCCACCAUCACCAUCGCCGCCGGCCUUCUCCGAGCUGAGGAAGGUUCCCACUGGGCCGAACCCUGAGCCCUCUCCGUCGCCGCCAUCGACCGUCUUCGCCGAGCUGAGGAAGGUCCCCACUGGCCCCAACCCCGAGACAUCGCCGCCAUCACCGUCGCCACCGGCCUUCUCUGAGCUGAGGAAGGUCCCCACUGGCCUAAACCCCGAAACAUCGCCGCCAUCGCCGUCACCUCCGGCGGCCACUAUAUAA